GAUGUUUGAUAUGGAGAAUCUAGGAUCGGACGAGGAGGAAGAGAUACUUGAAGAGUUUAUGGAUGCGCACAGCGAGCAGAUCGGACCAAAGAAAUUUGUCUGUACUUUGGAUGGAAAGCAAUUCUCAACACGGAAUAUCUUGCGAGCUCACUUUGAAAAGAACUACAAGAAGGAGGCCAUGAGUUGGUACGAGGAACUUCAGAGCGGACACGAUCUUGCUGGAAUGGAGGAAAUGAUGGCGGCGAUGGCUGAGAUGAUGAUGGGACCUCCUCCGUCGCGGGAGAGAGGCCAGGGAAAGUUUACAGAUAAGGGAUUUAAGACGGGCAAGAAAAGGGCGCCCAAGGUAUCAGUUAACGCUCGAAGAAAGGGAAAGAGUGCUGUAAACUUGAAUGCUGCGAAGAAAGCGGCUGCGGCGAAGCAAGCAAAGUCUAGCGAGAGCGACAGUGGGAGCGUGAGCGACAGCGACUGAGUGCAAGGAGAUGAAAAUCUUGUUCGCUAACGAGAGGAAUGAAGGAAACGAGAGG